AUGACCUCUAUCCGCAUGAAACUCGCCAUCUGGCUCGCUUUUUUCUUGAACUUCGCAGCUUACUUCCCGGCCUUUGUCUACGCCACACUCUGGAUGGGCAUCGGCCACAAAGACGACCUCGACUCGUUGGCCACGCUUCAAGCCGAGGAUGCUCCCGGGAAACUGAUCAAGACGGGUUUUAUCGUCGCGGCGCUGAUUAUCUUGCUGGAUGUGUAUAUCUUUUGUUUGCCGUGGCCGGUUAUUGGGUCCUUAGAGAGUCUCAAGAAGACGGAGAAGAGGAGGGAAAGAGUGAAAGUGUAUGCGGUGUUUGGGACGGCGGCUAUGGGGAUUGUCGCUAGUAUCGUCAGUUGUGUUUUCAAGGUUAAGCAGGAAGGGAGUACGGUUGAUUUGAUGUGGAGUACGGGGGCUGUUGUUAUUUCUGUAUCCGUCGAAGCAAACAUAGCAGUCAUCGUUGCCUCCGUCCCGGGCUUCUCCAAGUUCCUCCGGUUCCACGUGGCGCCCUGGCCGCCUGUUAAGAGGAUUCUCGAGGGGUGGUUCCGUGUUAAGGUUCACGAUAGUAAUGAUCAUAAUGUGCCGAGGUCGGGGAGGGAUCAACUGCCUAUGGGGAUGGUAAACCAGCAGGGGAAUAUGCCGAGGGAGUUGAAGGAGAGUUGGCUGUUUAAGAGUGAUAAGAGUCAGAGUAGUGAGAAUUCGGGGACGACGCAUCAGGAAGAGCAGGAGCAGCAGCAGGAGAGGGUGGAUCAGGUUGGGUAUGAGCUGAAAUCAAAGGGGGUGGUGACUGUUGUGGAAGCCGGAGGGAAGAAGAAAAUGGAAGAGGAACAGCAAGAAGCGGUUCAACAAGAUGAUGUUGAUUUGGAGAAGGGACUGGGAAAAGGACAUGGAGCGCAGGAGGAGAGGAGCUGA